AUGUCCGCAGUCACCGCGCAUUUGAUGCGCCGCAGUGCCGAGCUUGCCUCAGGUCACCUGCAAGCGCUUAAGCAUAAGCCCGAAGAUGAGCAGACCCCCGGUGGCCUGGUUGCUCUAUUUAUCUUAUCAGCCCUGAUCCUUGCGUUGAUGGCCGGGGCUAUCGAAUACACCUACGGAUUGGUUGUCUCAACGCUGGCCGCGAUAGAAGAUUCCAACCCGGAUAUCUACGUUCGCAUCGACAACAACAACGAUGAUAUCGCCAAGCCAUACGAUCCUAACGACCCUGAACCCGCUGCAGUCCCCUCUCCCAAGCCCAUCACUAGCAAGCUGCGUACUACCGUGAAGCACCUGCGGAACCGUGCCGGUUUCUGGUCGCGUUUCCGUGGCUUGAGCAUGUACUUGGCCUGGAGCAUGGCCCGGGGAAUCCUCUCCGCCAUCAUUCCCGUUUCAUCUAGCUCCUUCAUCGGCCAGUUCUUCGUGCAGCCCUUUGUCGGCGUUCUUCUAUCUACCUGGCAGAUGGCCUGGGUCCACAUCGUCAUCACGGAGCCCUCCCCGAAGCGCUUUUACCAGCGUAUUCCCAGCUAUCGUGCCUGGCUCAAGAUUGCGCCUGCAGCCCUGUUGAUGGAGUUGUUGACAGCUGCCUUUUUCUUCUUGCCCAUGUCUAUCGCCCAGUUAGUCGGUGCAUUCAACAUCACCCCCGGAAACGACAACAGCCUCACUGAUAUGUGCCGGUGGAUGGCUGUGGCUGCCAUCCCUGCUAUCUUGUCCUUCGUCGUCCUUCUCCCCGCUCGCGUGAUCUUUAUCCGUGUUGCGGCAUCCAUGCUUCCCGAGGACCAGGAGACUAUUGUUCCAUUCGAUCGCUCUUUUGGUGGCAAGGUGCAACCAGCGAUUGUUGGCGGCAGUGGCAAGAUCGGCUUGCUGGAGGCCUGGAAAAGCUUUGACUGGGCUGGCCGGGUUCGCUUUGCCAAGGUGGUUCUCAAGACCUUUGCCAUGGAAAUGGCUGUGUGGGUGUUUGCCGCCCUUGUUCUCGGUGGGCAGCUUUUCAUCAUGAAGCCCAAUGGUCCUGGCAAUGGAUCUCCCGAGAAGCCCGUCAUUGGAUAA